UACAGAUCUUUAAAAGCCGCUGCUCACCGCGUCUCUCCAAGCUGUCUGUUUUAUCGCUCUUUCGCAGUGCUGCAGGGGACUCCUGGCUGCCUCACGUUCCAAGCUGCACCCGGCUUAGCCGCAGAGAGAGAGAGAGUGAGAGAGACAGAGAGAGAGAGAGAGAGAGAGAUAGAAACAGAGAAGUCAUCCUUCUGCAAGAAGGGCACAAAUAAGGAGCUGCCGUCUGCUGCUGGGAGCCUGGGAUCAGGACAAAAUGCCUCUCCUCUCCAACCUGCUGGCCAUUCUGGCCCUGUUGCUGCUCUCGAUGCAAGACUUCCGGACCCUGGCCGCUCAUCUGGGCUCCCAGAAGUCCUGCCCAUCCUGCAGGGAGCCAUCCGCCACCAGCAGGGGCCCCAAAGACCAGGCGGCGGAGGUGAGCACCUCGGUCCUGGCCCUGGGCGAGCCCUGCGGGGUGUACACCCUCAGCUGCGCUAGGGGGCUGAGGUGCGUGCCCCCGCCCAAGGAGAGCAGCCCCCUGCAGGCUCUGCUGCAGGGAAAGGGCGUCUGCUCCAAGAACCACACCGUCAGGCCCCCUCAGAGGCCCCCCCUCUCAGGCGUAGAUACAACCUUCGAUGAGCUAGAAAAGGGCCCCUGUCGAAAGCGGCAGAAUGCGGUGCUGCAGCGUCUGGAACUCACUGUUUUCCAGCCCAACCCUGACAUCUACAUCCCCAACUGUGACACUCGCGGGUUUUACAGGAGAAAGCAGUGCCGGUCGUCCAAGCAAAUGCAGCGUGGCCACUGCUGGUGUGUGGACGAGGACGGCAGACUCCUGCCGUCACACAGCAGGGAAAAUGGCACGGUGCAGUGCGGUAGCCAAUGAGAGGGGGGUGGGGGUGCGGGCUUCUCCGCAGCAGGGCAGUGGAGGGUCUCUGCGCGCAUGCUGGACGCUGUACGGCCCCAAAAGAGCCAGGGAUCAAACGUUAGCCACCCCUCUCCCACAGCCACACAUUCCAAACAGUGGAAACACAGCCAUGAAGUCCUCAAGCAAGGUUCACUGCUUCAUAUGACAACGUAAGGACACAGAAACUAUGGAACGAAAGCACUUUUGGUGAUUAGAAUUUUUACUGUCUUAAUUUUGAAUUUGAUGAAAGCACAAACUGAGGUUUUUAAAAUCCAAUGUCUUCUGUGGUAAUGUUAGCCAACAAGCUAACCAGCCUUGUCCCUUUGACUUCAGCAUUGCCAACGAGAUCUAGCAGCUUAAUGUAAUGUAAAUUAAUGGUAGAAACAUGAAAUAAGGACCUAUACUUUGACUAUCACGAUACUGUAGGGAAUAGACACCCUUUCAGUAAAAAUCCAUUGAGUUUAUGUUGCAUGCCAAACAAUGAACUCCUGAAUGCUACCUAAAUUAUGGGUGAGUUUCCCAGAAACAAUCCUCUUAAUUCCCUAAAUGAGUCAUUGCCAAUGACAGCUACACUGAGGCUCCUCCGUCUGAGGCCAUAACUUUGGUGAGUUCUGUACCGCAGCUUUAAAUGCUCAAAAUAUAAGCAUAUUAAUGUCCCUAGCAGAAUAUCAUUGCACUCUGCAUCCAAUGGCACAGGCAGGUAAAAUUAGUAAACUGACCAAAUAAAAUCUAAAUCAUUUAGAUUAUAAAAGAUGAAAUAAGGUAUUGUAUUUUGUAUUAGACAGUAGACACAACAAACGGAAUAGACCCUUACUUUCUUGCGAGACAUUUGAGAGUAAAGAACAUUAACAGCAUUUUAUUCAGCGGAUGUAGUCUGCACCAAGCACUAGUCCCUGGUGUGUAGGGUACCUAGCACUCUACCUUAGUAUGAGAUGAUUUCUGAGCUUAUCAAUUCAUUUUUAAAGAUAUUUUCACUUUUCAUACCAAGUCUGCGGAGAAGGGGGGAAAAUAUAAUAAUCUUCCUAAGAUUCUUCGUAUUUUAAAAUUCUCAUUUCCACAUUGAAGAAUUUGGGAGAAUAUGACUGAACUGUCUGUGAGCGCUAUGGGGUCAUACUGCCCUCUACUGGAAUCUUUCUGUAGUCCUGUUUCACCAGUUUAUUUGCUCUUUUCUAACUUACGUUUUUUUAAUGAAGACAUAAUAUAAAUGUAUAAAUUAAUGAAGAACAAGAGUAUUUAACUAAAAUAUAUAUAUAUAUAUAAAUAUAUAUUUCCUUAAUUGUUCUGGGAGAGACAAUGUCCAGCAGAUUAUCUGAUGAUUUCAGGGGAAUAACACAGACUGUGUGAAUUUCAUCUUUUCUCUGAAGUUGAAUGUAUAGGAUACAUAAAACUGAAGCUAUGAGUGACAACUGUUUCCUUUUCAAAGCUUAACAGAAAUUUCAGGACCAGAGUCUACAUUUAUCAGCCAGCAGAGUACUUUGGUUGGGCCUUUUCAAACUAGACAGCCCCCCUCCAUCCCUCCCUGAGGCACACUGAAAAAAUAACUAACAGAUAUACUGAAGUAUUGUCACUAAGCAGAGCAUUGUAGUAGGACAUUCUGCUUUGUCUUGCGCUCCGAAAUUUGUCGAUAAAGUAACAUGACUGUGCUGUGAGCUGGAAGAGCAGGAUUCAGUUCAGUUGUCUGGCAAGAAUACUCUAAAGCCAUCUCAAACAAAUCCCCUGUUGGCCGCACUGGUGUGGAAAUGGGAUAUGGUCCCCACUCGCCACAACAUUAAUCAAAUUCAUUAUGGAGAAAUAUGCUAUUGUGAUGCACUUCAAUACAUAUAUUUGAUGUAUGCACUUAAUUAUGUAAUCUAAAUAUGUGUAAAAGUAAAAUUACACACAUUUUGAAUGGUGUUUGUGCUGUUCUUGUCAUGGUAUUCUUACUUUGUGAAAAACCUGAGUUGAACUUUCAGUCUUUUGAGGUGUUUUGAGUGUGAGGACAAAGAAAUGCUGGAGACUGCAACCCUUUAGGAAAUAUCGUUAAGCAUAUUUUUAUACACUUUUUUAUACAUGUGUAAAUUAAGUCUGAUUUAUUAUUUAAUGAACAGCUCUGUAUUUUUAUAAUGUCCUCUCUUUAUUUAAAAUACAAGUUAGUAUGUUUUUAUUUUAUUGGAUUAGGGAAUUUUUUUGGAAAUUUGUUGGGGGAAAAAUACACUUUAAUAGGCAUACCAUUGGAGCUUGACCUGCUGUAUGUCACCAUAUUACUUUGCUGUUGUAUUAUUUAUGUCUGUCAUUUAUAGUCAAUAUACAUUCUGUAAAUGUUGACCUUUGCUUUUGAAACUGCUUUUCAUCCAGUCUAAUAAAUUUAAAUUUAAUCUCA